CUACCACCAAUAAAAAAGAAUACUGUGAAAUGAGCAUAUCCCAGCUAGUUUCUGUGCUGCGUAUUGCGUUUAAAAUUGAGGAUUUUGAUAAAAUUGAGCAAGAGUUGGUAAAGAGGGAAGCAAAACUUAGGGCGGAAAUUGGACGACUCCAGGAGAAGAUUGAGCUGGAGAGGCUCCAAGGAAUUGAAUUCGAAGAAAGACUGAAAAUCAGAGAGGAGCAAUGUGAAAGAGGGAAGAGAGCCCAGGAGGAUUAUGAGCAGUUGUUGAAGGAAGUGAAAACAAAUGGCUGGAUUGAAAAACAUGCUAUUGAGGAGUUAAGGAGAAAGAACGUUGCUUUAGAACGUGAAGUGUGUGAGCUGAAGGAGUUCAAGAAAAUAAUGCUAGAUGAUGUCAACUCUGUGGAUCAACUAAGGGACAAGAUCCGUGUGUUGAAAGAGAGUACUCAUUGCUCUGUUGAUACUGGCAAUGCUCGGUCUCCCAAAAAAGGGAACAAGGAGGAUGCUGUAGGUGCAUUAGAACAAAAGAAAGAUCAGACAGAAGCAUGCAAAGAAGGGGUAAAAUUUAAAUUGGAAAAGGAGAUCGUGGACCUAGGUGAUGAUGAUAAUGAUGCUAGGUAUACAUCACAAGGAUUGCGUGGAGAGCAAACUAUUUCUCAAAAAAUUGCAGAAAAUGAACAUUUACAAAGGGUUGAAAUGAUCAAAAGACAACGAGCUUCUGAUAUUCAGGCUUCUACUUCCACAUUUACAUCCUCUGCUGAUUUAUUUGAAAAAGAAAAUCUCCCUGUAAAGAGAAGUGUCAUGGGCAAAGAUAUUCAAAGUCCUGCAAAAAAGAUAAAAAAAGGUUAUCCGGUUUAUAGGGCCCAGAGAGUAAGUGGGCCCAUUGAGCCUCUAGCCCAUGAAGUGAAGCACGGUUCAAAACAGGUAAGGGUAUAUGUGAGAAAGAAGCAGAGUUUUCUCUCCUAAUCAAAUUGUUAUUCUUUUUUGUUUUCAUCUUCAAAGCUCAGAUUCUAGACUUUGUUGCAAGGAUACAAGUUCAGUUUAUCUCAGACCAACAUGUUG